AUGGGCAAAGUACUGUUUGUGACGGCUCUGGCCCUGCUGCUGCAUGCGCAGCUUGGCUCAUCCUUCAUACUGUCAUGCUACUUCACAAACUGGGCACAGUACAGACCACCUCCGACCAUCUACAUGCCCAAUGAUAUCGAUCCAUGCCUGUGUACCCACCUUCUCUAUGCCUUUGCCACCAUGAAGAACAACAAGCUCGCCACCUAUGAGUGGAAUGAUGUGGAGCUCUACGGUCAGUUCAAUGCCCUGAAGAACAAGAACGGAAAUCUGAAGACUCUUCUGUCUGUUGGCGGAUGGAACUUUGGCUCGGCAGGUUUCUCGGCGAUGGUUGGCAGCCCAGCGAACCGUCAGACUUUUAUCAACUCAGUGAUUGUGUUCCUGAGGCAGUAUGAGUUCGACGGGCUCGACAUUGACUGGGAGUAUCCAGCCAACAGGGGAAGCCCUCCUGAGGAUCGGGAGUACUACUCUGUUUUCCUUGAGGAACUGAGAGCUGCCUUUGAGAAAGAGGCCAAGCAGAGCAACAAGCCUCGCCUUCUGAUGUCUGCAGCUGUGUCGGCUGGAAGGGGAACCAUUGACUCCGCUUAUCAGAUCCCCAAGCUUGGCCAGUCCCUGGAUAUGCUUAAUGUUAUGACAUAUGACUUCCAUGGCUCUUGGGACCCCAUGACAGGCGAGUGCAGUCCCCUGUACAAAGGCCCUGAGGACAGUGGUGGUUUCAUCUAUUUCAAUGUGGACUAUGCCAUGAACUACUGGAAGAGCCAGGGAGCCCCAGCUGAGAAGCUGAUUGUUGGUUUCCCAACCUACGGCAACACUUUCACCCUUAGGAACCCUGCCAACCACGGUGUUGGAGCACCUAUUGCCGGUGCUGGAACUCCAGGAAAAUACACACAAGAGGCUGGAGAGCUGGCUUACUUUGAGAUCUGUGGAUUUUUGAAAGAUGGCGCGACUGAGGUUUGGAAUCAGGCCCAGGAUGUACCAUAUGCCUACAAGGGAAACCAGUGGGUGGGCUACGAUAACAUCAGGAGCUUUCAGAUCAAGGUGGAUUGGCUGAAGAAGAGCAACUUUGGAGGAGCCAUGGUGUGGACCAUUGACAUGGAUGAUUACCUGGGUACUUUCUGUAACCAGGGAAAAUACCCUCUCAUCAACGUCCUUAAGAAAGGCCUCAAUCUGGACCAAGCAUCUUGUGCUCCUCCUGCCACUCCCCUCCCUCCAAUCGCAGGAAUGAGCACCACUACUGGUGCCUCCAGCGGGGGGUCCAGCGGGGGUGGCGGCAGCUCCUCUGGUGGAGACUCUGGUACCAGCGGCAUGGACAGCGGGUUCUGUGCUGGAAAGGCUAACGGCAUGUACCCUAACCCUACAAACAAGAACCAGUUCUACAACUGCAGCCAGGGCAAGACCUACUUUGAGCACUGUGCCGCUGGUCUGGUCUUUGACUCCUCCUGCUCUUGCUGCAACUGGGCCUGA